AUGGUUGUGCCCAGAGCAAAGUUUGAGGUUCUUGGUCCGACUCGUGCCAUUGUUGCUGUGGCUGGUGAUGACAUCAUUCUGCCCUGUUCUAUCAAACCCAACAUCAGUGCUGAGGACAUGAGAGUUGACUGGUUCAGAAUCAUCCUCCCAGACCCUCAGUCAAACAUUAGAGUCCAUCUCUACCAAGACGGCAGAGACAAAUACCAUGAUCAGAUCCACUCCUACAGGGGAAGGACAUCGCUGUUUAAAGAGGAACUGAAGAAGGGAAACAUCGCUUUGAAACUGACCAGGGUACAGGGCAUUGAUGAUGGACGUUAUAAAUGUCUUGUUGAGUCUAAGACACAUUAUGAUGAUGCCACCAUUCAAGUCUAUGUCAGAGCUAUAGGAUCCAAGCCAGAGGUUUCCAUUGAGGGACAGAAAGAAGGAGGAAUGACUCUGCUGUGUGUAUCUAAAGGCUGGUUCCCUGAGCCUGAGUUGGAGUGGCUGGACAGUGAAGGGGUCACUCUGUCUGCUGGACCGUCAGAGACAGACAGGGACUAUGAGGGAUUCUACAUAGUUAAACUAAAGACCAUCGUAAAGGAGACUGACAUCAACCGCUUUACCUGUAGAGUCAGACAGAGACAGAUCUAUGAUGUGAUUAAGAUGGAGACAGAGUUUCACAUCCCUAUGGAUGUGACUCUAGACCCUGAUACAGCACAUCCCAGACUCAUCCUGUCUGAAGACAGGAAACAAGUGAGACGUGGAGACAUAAAACAGAAUCUCCCUGAUAACCCAGAGAGGUUUGAUACUGUUCACUAUGUCCUGGGAAAGGAGGGUUUCUCCUCCGGAAGAUUCUACUACGAGGUGCAGGUGGAGGAGAAGACUGGGUGGACUUUAGGAGUGGCCAGAGAGUCCAUCAACAGGAAGAAUAAUUUUUUCCUGAAACCUGAGAAUGGAUGCUGGACUGUUUGGCUGAGGAAGGGAGAGUACAAUGCUCUCUCUGGCUCCUCUGUCCCCCUCUCCCUGAGAGAGAAGCCCCAGAAGGUGGGGGUGUUUGUGGAUUAUGAGAAGGGUCAGGUCUCAUUCUACAAUGUAGAGGCCAGGUCUCAUAUAUACUCUUUCACUGGCUACACCUUCACUGAGAAACUCUAUCCAUUCUUUUAUUCUGGUAUUAUUGAUAACUCAGACCCACUGGUCAUCACUCCUGUAGAUGUCACUGACUAA